GGCGUGCUCGGAUAAUCUUCAACGGCGACCUGGCAGAAACGUACCCGCCGGCGUCGGCUGGAACGACCCCUGAACUGUGUACAUGGGCCGUUUGUACAUAAACAAUAGCGCCACCCAUUCCCACCCACUGUUACCAAUCUCGUAGCUGACUUAACUUGAAUUUCUCAUAGCGCUGGAACUCACCGUCCCGUUUCAUUAGACUCUGCUAUGGCUUCACAUGCUGAAUUCGGUGAAAGGACGCCGGGGUCCGAGGUGGCAAGGACAUUUGCUGACCAGAUUCGAGGGAAAAGAAUCCUGAUUACGGGUGUUAGUCCCAAGGGAAUCGGUGCAGCAACCGCCCUCAAUAUCGCCUCGCAACACCCCGAUCUCUUGAUCCUGGCGUCUCGAACCAAGGCUCGAGUACAAGAGAUUGCAGAUCAGAUCGCCGAGAAAUACCCAGACACCAGAGUCGAAAUCGUCAUAUUAGACCUGGGCUCGCAAAAGUCAAUUCGACAGGCCGCUUCCGAGGUGGCCGGCCUGACCGACAGACUCGAUAUCCUGAUCAACAAUGCCGGUAUUGUGGUGACCUCGCGGCAGGCAACCGCUGAGGGCAUUGAGCAGCAGUUUGGCACCAACCACAUUGGCCCGUUCUUGUUCACCAAUCUGCUCCUGCCGCUCUUGCGCACUGCGGCCAAGGCAAACCCGCCCAGAGCAACGCGCAUUGUCAACCUUACCAGCGCCGGGCACAGGUUGUCGCCUAUUCGUUUCUCUGACUACAACUUUGAGGGCAAGCCUGUUCCCCCUGAGGAGGACCACUUCAAGCCUCUCCCUGGUGCAUUUGCCAAGUGCGCUCCCGAUGGUUACAAUGGCAUUGUGACAUAUGCGCAAUCCAAGACUGCCAACAUCUUGUUCACCCUCUCUCUCCAGAAACAUCUUUCGAAGGAUGGUAUUGGAGCGUAUGCUGUACAUCCCGGGACCAUCGAGACGGACUUGAGCCGCGAUCAGGACGAUGAGUUGACGGCCCAGUUCUACAAAGUCGCCCCGUACUGGAAGACACCUGAUGAGGGGACUUCGACUACUCUAGUUGCGGCACUGGAUCCGGCACUAAACGGUGAGGGACUUUUCCUUUCAGACUGCCAGAUCGCCGAGCCCUCUGCCCAUGCCAAAGACCCUGUCGCGGCUGAUAGACUGUGGGCGUUGAGUGAAGAGCUUGUUGGAGAGAAGUUUUCACUUAACGCUUGAAGAGGGGAGGGGGGGUUUAGGUGUAAAGAUUUCCCUCAGCUGAGGCCCGGGGUGCUUAGCAGAGAACAGUAGAUACCUCUUACUUGGUCAUUGAUCAACGUACCUAAAUAUGACAGAUAUGAGUUGGGGGCACAGCACUACUGUUGAGUGAGGUACAGUACAUAUACCUACCUCUGUCCUCUGUAUUACAGUAUUACACAUCUGA